AUGAGACCUUCAAGAACUCGUGAGGAGAGAGCGUAGAAUAAUUUAUAUUUAAAUGAGUAAGAUCUUGUUAAGGAACAUCAAAAGUAAGCUGAGGAAAAGAGAAGGAUGAAGUAGAUGCAAGAACUGCAAGAUAAGGAAGAAACACUAAACCAUUAUAAAAAUAAUAUAGUAGGGAAUGGCACCAUUGACCCUGAAACAUCGGAAAUGUUAAAAUAGCUUAAAUAAGAAGAAGAUUUUCUUAAUAGAUUAAAGGCAUAAUUAGAAAAUUAGGAUCCAGAUCUAUUUAUAAAAUUGAAAGAUGAGCAAAUUCAAAAACAAAGAAGAGAAAAAGUUGAAUAAUAUCAAAAAAUUUAGUCAGAAAACAAUGACCCUAAUGAAUUUAUGUUUGUAAGAGAUCCUACAUCUGGCCAAUAGCUAAGUAAAGGAGAAAUAGAAAGGUAGAAGAGACUUCAACUUAGGGAGUAGGAGAGAUAAAGGAGACUUCUGGGACAAGAAAAUAGUGCUUAUGAUUAAUAAAAAAGAGAUUAACCACUCUCUCUUCCUUUCUAAUUGGAAUAGCAGAUUAAUGGAGCUACUGAAGAGGAAAGAAGAUAAAAAAAACUGAAUGAUUUAUUUGAUGAACCUACUUAACCAAAUAUAAACAACUAUGCUAACAACAACAAUAAUAAUAACUUUUAUGCUAACAAUAAUAAUGUAAGCAGUAACGAUGAAGAUAUCUUUAGAUAAACUCAGUCUAAUUUCCAUCACUUAAAUUAAAAUGCUGCUUUACAAAAUUAGAAUUAUGAUGAAUAUGAAAAUAAAAAUAACGAAGUCUAUCCCGCAUAAAAUAGUUAAAAUUAAAGAAAGAAUUUAAUAGAAUAAUAUGAAGAAACUGAUAUUUUUGGCAAUAAGAAAAUAAAAAAAGUAAUUUAACCUGACUAAUAAGUAAAUAGACCUAUUGAGAAUGCAUACUAAGGUGCAGAUUUGGAAGGAGGUUAUUAAAGUCCAUAGCAAAAUAACAUUUAUUCUUAAAACACCUAAAAGCUCUAGCAGAAUUUUUCUAACAAUCGUAGAAGAAGUUUUCAUGAAAACUAGUAGGACGAUGGUAAACUCCCUUCAAUUCAAAGCAAUAAUAGAAAAUCAAUCGAUCCUGCUAGCAAAUAGAAUCAGCAGAACUAUGGAGGAAAUAAUAAUAUAUUUGGUAUUGGAGGUAACCAGAUCGAUUCUAAAAAAGAAAAAAUGUUGAAGUAUCGCUAAGAGUUAGAUUAGUAAAAAGAAGUCAAAAAUUAAAUUGGGUUCUCAAUCAAACCUUACAGUGCUCAGUAAGAAAAGAGAAAUAUUUCUAAUUAUUAGGGAAGUCCAUCAAGUAAAUUACCUCCACCUAUUCCCAAUAAUAAAGAUGGUUUUUUUGAUAAAUUUGGCUAGGAUCCUCAAUUUAAAAAGAAUCUUUAAAAUUGGGAAUAGCAAUAAAAUAGAAACCUUUACAAUGCGCCUGAUUAAUUUAAACCUUACUCUGCUUAGGCUUCUAGAGAUACUAAGAAUUUAUAGAGCCGUCAAUAAAAUGAUAACUUUUUUGAUAAGUUUGGGUAAGAUCAGCCUAGUAAUAGGAAUCAACUUCGCAGGCCACAAAGCUACUAAAAUCUGGAUGAAUAGUAAAACAUGAAUAAAAUGUCCAAACAAGAAUAUGCAGAUUAUAUCAUGAAAGAUAUUUCAGGAAAAAACAAUACACAAAAUAACAGAGGGAUAUCUAAUUUGUACGAUAACAAUAAUAACAAUUCUUUUAGAUAAGGUAACUUAAAUAGAUCAUUAAAUAACUUAGAAGAUUAAAGAGCUUAAGAUAACUACAAUAACAGGUAUGAUAACUAUAAUGAUGUUAGCCCAUAAUACAACAACGGUAACAACAAUUAAUAACAGCAGUAAGUUUAAAAUAAUAAAGCUGUUGGAGGAGGCUUUUUCUUGACAGAUGAAGAGGAGUAGAAAAAUAGAUAGAGAGAGAAAAAAAGAGAACUUUAAAAAGAGUUGGAGGAGUAAAUCAGACUCAAAAAGUAAUAAAAGGAAGAAGAAAAAAGAAAACAAAUUGAAUAUGACUAAAAGUUUGGAUAGGGUUUUGAAAAGCAAAACAAUGAAGUUUAAAGAGGAGCUAAUUAAUAAUAAUAAUAAUAAUAAUAAUAGUAACAUUAAUAGUAACUUAGCUAUUAGCCAUCAGGAAAAAGCUUAGAUUAUGAAUAAUAUAAUAAUAAUAAUAACUAUGAUUAGCAAGGCUUCGACUCUAAUAAUGGGAAUUAGAAGGAAUAAAAUAGAUAUGAUUAACCUUAUCAAUAAGCUUAAUAGUAAUAAUAGCAGUAAGGAGCUAAUUUUGCAAGGAAUAAAGUGCUCUCGAAUGAAAAUAUGGACAGAGAGGGUCAGUUAAAAGCUAUGGAGGCUAAGAAAAGAUAUGCUGAAGAAUUGAAUCUCUAAAAAUAAGAAGCUGAAUUCAAAAAGUAGCAAGAAAAGAAAAGGAAAUAGGAAGAAGACCUUUUAGAAGAGAUGAAAAUGCAAAAGUAGAUCGAAGAAGAAAAAAGAAAGCACCAAGAAGAGGAGUUAAAAAAGAAUAGAUAGAAAUAAGAAGUGGAUGAUUUCAAUAAAAAUAAAAAAGUAGAAAUAGAUGAUAAAGCGAAAAAUGAAAGAGUCAAAGCUGGGUAUCCAGAGUAGACUCCAAACGAAUAAAUUGCAGGUAAUAAUCGCAAGCCUAAUUAUCAUCAUACUAAAAAUACUAAUAAUCUCCCUGAUGACUUUGAUAAUAGAUUUACAGAAUAAAAUAAACACCUCACUAAUGAGAGCACAAAAAGAUUAGAUAUAUUUGAUAAGAACUUAAGCAUAUAGCAAAACAAUGAUAUGGCUGCAGCUUAGAACUAGUUUAAUUAGGCCAACGAUUACAAAAAUUUCAAUAAUUAGUUUAAUUAAAAUAAUUUUUCUUAAAAUGAUAUGAAAUCACAACAAUUUUAAUAGAAUUAAUAUGCUCCCAUGCAAAACAAUUAAUUUUAGUAAAACAAUCAAUUCUAGUAAAAUAACUAGUUCUAGCAAAAUAGCUUCAAUAACAAUUUACAGUUUUCUUAGAAUAUGAACAUGAUGAAUCCUAUGAUGCAGUUUUAAAAUUAAUAUGAUUAUAAUAACAUGUAUAAUCCAUAUUAAAUGAUGAUGUAGCAGCAGUAGCAAUAAUAAUUCUAAAAUAUGAUGCAAAUGAUGUAGAUGGAUCACUAGUAUUUCAACUAGAUGCCUAUGGCUCCUCCUAAUUUGUAAUUCUAUCUUUAUAAUAGAAAUGAAUUUGAGAUUUAAAAGUAAAUUAUGGAAGAAAAGCUGCGUAUCCACUAAUUUGCACUGUAAGAAUAAAAUUUAAUUGAUGAAUACAGAUAGCGCCUAGUUAGGGCUAAAGAAGACAAGGACGAGUUCGAGAGGAAGAUAAGUCGCAUGAAAUAAGAGCUUGAGAGCAAAUUUGGUGAACAUUUCAACAUGUAACUGUUUUCACAAGUAAUUUUAGAUGAUUCUUAGAGAAAUAAGUAGGUUUCAUUUGACUCUUUAUAGUAGUCAGUUGCUAACUUUAGAAAGAAUACAGAAUAUAUUGACUAGUAAAUAUAAAAAAAGCAAUCAGGUUCUAAUUUCUAUUUAAACAAUUCUUAAAAACCUCCUCUUCCUUUUGACUCUGCUUCACAUUAGUUUCCUAAUUCUCAUUUGAAUUAACGAAAGAACACAAAUACAGUUGGAAUUAAUGAUUCUAACAAUUCCUUGUACAAUCAAAUAAAGAAGUUAGAAGAACCCAACAAUUUAUUAAUUCCUCCUGCAUAGCCUUAUUAAAGAAUGAGUUAAUUAGCUGGGAACCAUUCUAAUUUUGAAGGAACUCUGAAAUGUGAUACUAAAUUGGAGGAAAUAGUCGGAUUUGAUUUUGAUCAGAGUUUCGUACGAGAUAAAUUGGAAUUUGAAUAAUAGAAUCAAGCAAGAAAAGAAAUUCAAGAUCAAUAAAAUAACAAUAAAGUAUUAUCUGAGAGUGUCUAAGCUAUGCAAUAAGGAUAAAAUAAAUAGUUUGAGAAUAGCAAUAUGCUCAAAGUACCUGAUUAAUUUAAAAAUAGCAUUAACGAUCCAUAGAUAUAAUAGUCUUUUAUGCAAAAGACUUAUUAGUCAGUCAACGCAAGUCUUGCUAAUACUAAUUUGAACAAUAAUGCUAAUUUAAUUAACGGUUAGCAGAGCUAAUUCAGCUAUCAAAAAUCUAAUUUUAAUCAAAAUAGCCAAAAUUUAAAUGAGAAGGGAUCAGUGAUAGAAGAGCUCCAAAACGAAGAAAUGGAUGAUAGUUCUAAAAACCACGACAAGUCAGAGUCAAAUAAUAAUUUCUAAAUGCAAAUAUCGUAAAAUAAGAAUGCUUUGAAAAAUGAUUAAAACAAAUUAAAGUUCCACAAAUUAGAGAGAUAAAAUUUGAUGAAAAAUGCUAGUGAUUUCUACAACGAUGAAGAAGAAUAAAAUUUUUAGUUGAAAAGUAAUUAAAAAAACCACGAAGAAGAAGAUCAAGAUUAAUUUUACUCAUCAGGAUAUGCAUAGAGUGAAAGCAAAAGAAUUGGAAAUUCUCAAAUUAAUAAUAACGAGUCACAAUAACCAUAUUAGAGUUAGCUAAUUAAUUUAGAACUUAAAAAAACUGCUGAUUACUACAAAGUGUUCUAAGAGCAUUUUGCCUAAGAAGAUGGCAAAGAGUCACGUUUUUCUAAAUAUAAUCACACCAAUCAUGAUGAGGAUGAAGAUGAAAAUGAAGAUGAUGACGGAUUUCAAAAAUAAAAAAGAAAGAAGAGUGAUAAAGAAGAUUUCGAUGAAAUCGGAGAAGAUGAAGAUGGUUUUGAGCAUGAUGGGUAUCAAGUUAAUAAAUAUUACAAUAAGGAACAGAUAGUAGAAGAAGAUAUAGAGGGUACAGGCACAGGCAAAAACAUUAAUUUUGAUGAUAAGUUUCAUUUUGAUAGUGAACAAAAGAAUAAAUUUAAACUAGCAAUUGCUGAAAUAAACAGAAAUAGCAACGAAUUAGGAAAUUUAGACAAUACAAAUAGGCAAUCAAAAGAAAACACUAUUAAUCAAGGAGUUGCUAUUAGUUAGAGCAAAGGAAACAACAUCAACUCUAAAAAAGAUGUGCAAUUUAAUUAAAACACUAAGCAUAAUUAAAGGGAAGUUUCUUAUCAACAAAUAUAGCAGCAUUUGGAUGAAUCAGUGAAUGUUCCCAAAAAAGAAAAGAAGGAAGAUGAUGGGCUAGGAUAAACUUAAAUCAGUGAGAUUCACUCCACUCUUAAAGAGACUGAUAUGGACAAGAAGAUUCCUGCAAAUGUAAUGAAGUUGUUGAGACAUCACACAGACAUACUGAAUAACUCUCAAACAUUAAAUGAAAACAAUUAAAUUAAAAACACAGCAUAGAAGUAAUAACAUGAUAAUUAAUAGUUACAUGAGAAAAAAGAGUCCAGAACUCCUGCAGUGCCUAAAAAUUCAAAUAUUUUGAUUCAGCAAAACCUUGAAGUCAAGAAAUCAGCUUAAGAAAUAAACUGGGAAAUGCAAUAGUAACAGCUAAUAGAUUAAAAAUCUUACAAGUUUUAAAGCUAGCAUUGGAAUUAAGAUUUAGAAAAUAAAAAGGCAUCAGAAAAUCAACAGCAAUAUGAUGAUGAAAUUCCAGAAGUUAUCGAAUUUAAUCACUAAUAAGAAAUAGAAAUGAAAGAUCCAGAGUUCAAUAUUCCAGAAAAUUCCCUAGUUCUGCCAGAAGAUGAAAUUGAUAGAGAAAAAAUUGGAUAAUUCAUUGAAUCAAGCAGUGGCUAGAAAAAUUAAACUAAAUUAUCUGACCCAGAAGAUCAAUAAACGAUGCAAAGUGAAGAAUUUGAUAACAAUGAAGAUUUCUAGCGUCACAUGUAAUUGAACAUGCUGAAAAACCUUAAUAAUUAGAUGAAAGAACAGCAUAUCUAAAAUAUAAAAAACAUGAAAAUGAGACCAUACAGUGCUAAUAUGCCACUUGUGCUCAACUCUGCAAGCAGAUAAAAUUUAAAUCCUCAUUCCAACAACAAUAACAACGUUAAUAUUAAUGUGAAUAAUUCAAAUAUAACAGCAUAUAGCACUAACAAUAAUUAUAAUUAUAACUCCAAUAACAACAAUAAUAACAAUACAUAUAACUCUAAUUACAACAGCAUACAAGAAAAAAAGUCAAGUUAAGGGUUUAAAAAGCCUAAGACAAUUGAUGUGUUUGGCAAAAUAACAUCACCAAAGAAUUAAAUUCCUGCCUUAGAGUAGAGUUCCUCUAAAAAUAAAAUUACUAAUACAUAUUUAGAAGAGUAACAACAUCCUAAUUAACCAGCAAUAUUUUAAUACAAAAGUAACAACGUAAGCUACGAGCAAAGCUAAUUCAUAAAUAACCUAAAUAAUAAUAAUAAUCCACCUCACAAGCUAGUAUCAAUGACUAGAAUGGAUGAUUAAACAGGAAUUUACAAUAAUCUCAUAAAUCCUUCUUCAAUUUUGUAUGAAGAGCAAUCGUACUAACUUGGAGGAUAAAAUAGCAGUUAGCCCUCAUUUAUUCGUCACGAUAUACAAAGCUAAUACAAUAGUAAUAGCCAUUUCAAAGACAAUAAUAUUAAUAACCAUAAUAAACCUGCCUCUUCAACUCAAAGCCUUCCUAAAAAAUCCGAAAUGAUAUUAAAUAAUCUAAACAACUUAAUAUCUAAACUAGAAAACUCCUAAGAACCUUAAAUAGAAGAAAAACAAGAAAAUAAAAAUAAUGCCUUUAGAUCUAGUUUUAAUAAAAAAUGA